AUGAGGAUUUUUAGACCGUGGAGACUGCGCUGCCCUGCCCUGCGCCUGCCUUCUUUCCCUGUGUUCUCACUCAAGUGGAGCUUGCCCUCCCUCCCCACUGACGAGACCAUGUGUAAAAGCGUGACCACAGGUGAAUGGAAGAAGGUCUUCUAUGAGAAGAUGGAGGAGGCCAAGCCAGCCGACAGCUGGGACCUCAUCAUAGAUCCCAACCUCAAGCACAACGUGCUAGCCCCGGGCUGGAAGCAGUACCUGGAAUUGCAUGCCUCAGGCAGGUUCCACUGCUCCUGGUGCUGGCACACCUGGCAGUCGCCCCACGUGGUCAUCCUCUUCCACAUGUACCUGGACCGCGCCCAGCGGGCGGGCUCGGUGCGCAUGCGCGUCUUCAAGCAGCUGUGCUAUGAGUGCGGAACCGCGCGGCUGGACGAGUCGAGCAUGCUGGAGGAGAACAUCGAGAGCCUGGUGGACAACCUCAUCACCAGCCUGCGCGAGCAGUGCUACGGGGAGCGUGGCGGCCAGUACCGCAUCCACGUGGCCAGCCGCCAGGACACCCGGCGGCACCGCGGCGAGUUCUGCGAGGCCUGCCAGGAGGGCAUCGUGCACUGGAAGCCCAGCGAGAAGCUGCUGGAGGAGGAGGCGACCACCUACACAUUCUCCCGGGCGCCCAGCCCCACCAAGCCCCAGGCCGAGGAGGGUUCUGGCUGCAACUUCUGCUCCAUCCCCUGGUGCUUGUUUUGGGCCACAGUCUUGCUGCUGAUCAUCUACCUGCAGUUCUCCUUCCGCAGCUCUGUCUGA